AUGAACAAGCCGCCGGAGCACGAGUACAUGCUGGGGGACGAGAGCGACCGCUCGCUUAACGGUUCCGGUGUUCAAAAGCCGCCUUCGAAGGAAUGGGUCCCAGACUGGCUGCGUAAGGUCCGGCUGUUCGCGCUGGCUGCGUACUGCAUCAUCUUCGCCAUCGUAUUGGAAGCGCUGGACAUUACAAUCCGACGACACCAUGGCCUGGCCGCAGACGACAAACACUCCACAAGCAUCAAUGCUGCUCGAUACGUUCCCACCGUGGGCAUCGUUUUGCUGGGAUUCGCAUGCAAAGCCGUCGCCAGCGACGCCAAGAGAGUCACACCAUGGGCAUCCAUGUCCCGCAAAUGGUCCAAGAGCUCGCAUUCGGUUGCGCUCGAUUACAUCAACAGCAUCGAAGUCUUCUCGAUUUUCUCUUCUGCGCGGAGGGGACACUGGGCCGUGUUCGUGGGCUUGCUCGUCUGCUUCAUCUGCGGCGCCCUGGUCGCUGUUGCCAACGCUUUGACCUACAUCAACCUCUUUGCCUCAUCCUCGGAGCCCGGAACUUUCAACAAGGCAACCACGUUCGACUUUGACGGGACUUUGGAGAACACUGGGAACGAAUCGCUGUCGAUCGCGUACACGUAUGAGGGCCAACAACCCUACGCUGCCGUGUAUGCCGAACUACUGCCCAACGGCCGGUCUGCUGCCUGGACCAAGGAUAGCUACGUCUUUGAAUCUUUCACCAAUACCUCCCAACUCGCCGAAAACACUACCAUCGAGGCGCCCACCAAAGCAUUUCACACUGGCUGGACCUGUCAUCCCCUCAACCUUGAGCAGAAGGACAAGUACGACUAUGGCAUCUACUUCAGAGCGGACGUGAGCAAACAGCCUGAGUUGAACUGCAGCCAAGAUGUGCAGAUGAAAUGGCAAAACGGCUUUGAUGUGAAUAAGAAGACGUUGGGGUUUUUGAAUGUCACAGCGUGUAAUGACGACGGUUCGGACCUACGGCUUGUCUCGAUACUCGGGGAGAGAGUCAACGCCACUGUAGUGAGACCGAAGAACGACACGGACACGUUCAACACAACCGUGGUCGGCGUCCUGUGUUCGCCUUUGCCCACUCUCCAGGAUGCCACAGUGCGAGUCAAUGCGUCGACGGGUGAGGUAAUCCAGUAUCAGCUGGGCUCAUCGGCUCCCUCUCCGGCGGACAUCAAGACAUCGAUGAACGCGCUGUACAUCUACUUGAACAACCCUGUGGACGGUUGGACUCAAGAGGCCUUUGCCCACAACUACUUGGGAUGGACGUACAACACAGAGCCCCAAGCAAAUCUCACAUAUGUCACCAUGGCUGCAUCUUAUUUUGUCGAGCAGUAUUACAUCGACCCCUUUUCAUCCCUCCUCACGAAUGACCAGGCAGCCUUGGAAAUUGGGUCGUACCUGGGACAGCCGCAGAAGCUCAAGGCAGCGGUAGAGCAGCAAGCAAACAGAAUCAUGGCCCAGAUGGUCAACUCACUGGCGCGGACCAACCUUACUGGUAGCGUGGACGGAGAACUUUGGACCGCUGGACCGAAGAUGUUUCUCCGUCAGGCUGCGUUGCGGGCUUUGCAAGGCCUCUUGGUUUUUGUUGCCAUCAUCAGCAUUUUGCAGAGCACUCUGUUGCGGCCGAAGACGAUUCUGCGGGAAGACCCGGGCUCGAUCGCAGCGAAAGCCGUCGUUCUGGCCUCGUCGGCCAAAUCGGUCGAAAAGACGUUCGCACGAGAAGCCGUCUCGUCCGAGUCUUCGAUGGACCACGUAUUGGCAACCAAGGCAUGGCGGCUGCAAGCGGGCGCCAAUGGGGGAAUCAUGUUGGAGGCCACAAAGCCAGACCAGCACCAGGCUCUUCACCCUGUUCCAUCACAUGCGCCUGGCACGAAUAACCACGAGGGGUUCCAUCCGGUUGCACUUCGCGUAUGGGCAAAGCUGGGCGUCAUCGCAGCAACCCUCCUUGUCAUGGCUGCGCUGGCUUUGCUCAUGGCGCUUUCGCGGGCUCGCGAUGGUAUCUGCAGAGACACUCCAAGUGUUUCAGACGCAUUCGCCUUCGUACCGACUGUGGUGCUGCUGAUUCUGGGAUAUGCUUGUUCCGGUAUCGACGGAGCUGUGCGAAUGAUGGCGCCAUACAAGAGCCUGUGGAAGGGAUCGUCGGGAAGAAAGCAACCGCUUCUGUUCAACUUCCGCGACUAUCCGAGCAUAAUGGCUCCUAUUCGUGCCAUCCGGAACGGCCUCGGGCUCGCCGUUGCUGUGUCUUCGGCUGUCAUUCUCAUCAUCCCAGCAAUCAAGAUUGUCACUGCCGGUCUCUACACGGUCACGCUCGUGCAGACGACGUACAACAUCCAGCCCAUUGUGGAUACGAGCUUCGUCGACCACCUCGAAGAUACCUUUUCGCUCUCUCCGGAUACAUCGUCCGAGACUUACAGCUACCUGUCGAACUACGGAGUAGACCUUACAAUGGAUCUCAACGCCAACGUGCAGACAGCGUCUCAGUUCACCGAAUGGACAAUGAACCCCGACUUCAACAUUCCGGUGCGGUCGGGCAUCCUCGAAAACCUCGUCUUCAGCAACCUCACCGAUGUCGGCAAUUUCAGCGUCGAAGGGGUGGACCUGUCUGCGGGCGAGAUUACCGUCAAUGUUCCGGCGCUGGCUGUUGACGUGACGUGCAAAUACGUCGAGCCGGUGCCGGCUGCAUAUCGUCAAAACUGUUCCGACGGGCAGCCCUAUUUCACCUUCUAUGCCAUGUGCGACACUGCCUACUGCAACAGCACCCUGAAUGUCACUGAAUCUUCUUCCAUCAUCUCCUUCAACAAGAUGGAUGCCUACUCGCAAGCCAAGUGCCAAAACGCCACCAGCCGCUUCCUAGGCUCAACGUUCAUCACCAACACGACGGCCUUCUCCAACCACACGCAGCUCGUCACGGCCGACAUGUUCAACAGCACCGGCGUCCCCUACUUCCGCGCCGCCGUGUGCUACAGCAACCUGACGCGCGUCACCGUCGACACGACCUUCUCACGCAAAUCAACAACACUGACAGCCACAUCACUGAACUCGACCAACUCGUCGACUACGACGGCAUGGAACCCGAUCCGCUUCGACCGCGCCUCGCUGCGCACCGAGUCGGUCGUGGGCGACAAGCCGUACUGGCUCGCGCCGCUGUCCAAGACGAAGGCGUGGGACCACUACGACCAGUACGACCAGUCGUCCGACACUCCCGGCCUGCUCGACUCGGAGGACCUGUGGCCCACGCGCGGCAGCAGCACUUCUUUCUUCGAGCUCCUCGCCGCCUACGCCACGUACAAUCUAAACAACCUGACCGCCCUGCUCAACCCGGACGACUUCACCGCGGCCGCCGAGGCCGUCUACACGUCCUACACCACCAACAUGCUCACCGAGCUCCGCCCCUGGGCCCUGAACGCCUCCACCACUGCCUCAUCCUCCUCCUCGAAGCAGCGUAGAGCGGCAGUAGGCACAUCGCUACCGAACGGCCGCCUCGCGGUGCCCGAGUCGCGCAUCAAGCAGGACCUGCCGUCGACCAUCGCGCUCGAGGCCUGCCUCGCUGUCAUGCUCGCCUGCUUCGUCUGGGUCGCCAUCCGUUUUCCCAACGAGGCCGUCCUGCCCAAGAGCCCUGGCAGCAUCGCCGCCGCCGCCAGCCUGCUCGCCGGCAGCGCGCUGGUCGGCGAUUUGAGGCGCAAGGGCGUGAGCGGGGUGGGCGAUGUGCAGGCGGAGGGGUGGAAGGGCGCGGCGUUAGGGUGGUGGGGUGUGAGAAGGGAGGAGAAGGAGGGGGAUGGCAGUGAGGGCGAGGAGGGUGGUGGUGGUGUGCUGGAGGGGAGGGAUCGGAGGUGGGGGAUUGAUGUUGGGGAGGGCGUUGUGAGGGGGAGUUGGAAGGGGUCGGAGGGGAGGGCGGUGGAGGGUGCGUGA